GAGUGUUUUUUUUUUCAAGGGUGGGGUAGCGGUUAUGUUUGUGCUUUGUGCUGAUAGUAGUGAAGAAUAGCAGGUUGUCUCGGAUGGAAGGAAGAUGAUUUUGUUUGUCAAGUCCAAAUGGCCGAUUGUAGUAGUGCUAGUGCUGGAUCAUGUAUAAGUUCGUUGUUUAUAAUGAAACAUAAUUGUAUAGAUAAUCUCGAUCGUAAUGUGUUCAGCUCGGAUAGUAACCAGUCAAGUAGUAACGAAUGCAUAGACCUAGAAGAAAAAGAUUAUUUUGGCUUCAAGUUGGACGUAGACCCAUCCGAUGACACAUUGGAUGCGUGUAAAGAACUACUCGUACAAGACUCCUCCGAGAACACCAUCUCAUCGGUCGAUUCGACGCUGGAGGACUCAGAUAAUUAUAGCUCCGAAAGCUCUGACAGAGCAACUACAACAGACAUGAGUAGCGACGUGAGUAACGUUAGCGUGGACGAGCUUGAAAAUGAUUUUUUUCUCAUGUUGAACAAAGGCGACGAUCUACGAAGUUACUUUUUUCUGAAUAUAUUACCUAGUGUGUUCAAAACGCCGACUAUUAAUUCAUUCUCGGACGAUGAAUUCGAUAAAGAUAUAGCGGUUACCAAAGAAGACUGUUCGCCGGAAAGUGUUACCACACCCGAGCACAAACCGAGCGAAGAAUUUUGCUGCAAAUCAAAAUUACAACACGAAGAUAGUCGUAUUAGUAAUAAUAACAAUCUAUUAUGCUCUUCGGAAUGUCUCAGGAGUAACGACACGUUCAAAAAUGCUCGCUUACAACAGCCAUCUCCUCAAUUGGAUAUCACACUCAAAGAGAAUAUCCGCUUUCCUACUGAUAAAAGGUCUACGCGCAUUGAUCGUAUAUGCCGAUGGGCCGAUUGCGUCGAUCACAUUUCCUCUACUGCCAAACUCGUCGAACAUUUACAAACGAAGCACGUGAAUCCUCAAACUUUCAGCGAAACGUUCAUUUGCCUUUGGGACGGUUGCAAAGUGUUCGGACGUCCGUCCUGUUCUCGUACGUGGUUAGAAAGCCAUGUCCUCAGUCACGGAGGCAACAAACCGUACAAGUGUAUCGUCGAUAAUUGCGGCCAAAGAUUCAGCUCUCGGCUGGUACUGGAAAGACACGUUAAUCAGCAUUUCAAAGUGCCCAAAGAUCCGACUGUCGGCGUUAUAGAUGUUAUACCUAAAUCGAUCCGUAGAAAUGGCCAAAAAUUACGCUACAGACGCCAACCGUAUUCUGCUAGAGGAAGGACGGAUGCUUUCGAUGUCGGCACCAUGUCUAAAUUACAAUAUUCACUGGUGCAGAUGGCGCAGCGUGGCCAUAACGUGUCCAUGAAUGUGAUGGAUUCUCGCACGUUUUUACAUAUUACGUUUCAGCCUAAGGUUAUAGGAUGUCGCGAAGAAAAGAACGGAGAAACCAAAUUCCUGAUUCGAUGGUAUCCUUACAACGCUUUGGAAGACAAAUGGUUACCCAAGUCGGAAAUGGAGAAAGAGCGUAAAGUACCAAUAUGGGAUUUACCAGCCAGUGUUCAGCAUUUGUUUUGGGAUACGAUAUUCCCUAAUCAUCGUACCAAACCUGUUCAUCAGUCGCGUAAAUACAAACCGCUUAGUAGUAUUCGCGAUACGUAAUCGAUAAGACUGUUAUUAUUUGUUUAUGUAUUCAUUUUUUCUUCCAACUCUUUUGCUCUGGCUCUUCUGCUGUUACGAUAUAUUACUAUUAAGGACCGAAACAUAUUUUUUCAUGUGCAGUCCUAUCUCGCAUAUCGGCAGUUAUUUUUACAUGCAUUUAAUUACGAGCUUAUAUCGAUAUUAGUUUUAUUUUUAUUUGCCAUUUUUUUGUCCCAAGUUUUAAAAUCUCGACCAGAAUCUUCGCGAUUUAUGUAAUUCUUUUGUUUUGAUUUUUGAUUUUUCAAGUCACAAAAGUGGGUAUUUUGUGUUUCUUUUUUUAGUUUCCUCUCUCGUUGAAAAUUAUCACCUACGUGGAAAAUUUCUCGGUGAAUUUUUUGUGUCUAUAAAAUGGCGAUCUCAUAGGAGUUAUUUUUACGUGUGUUGUCUGAGAGUUACUUUUGAGCAUUUUUAUUAGUUUAUUAGUUCUUUUUAUAUUUCUUUUUUUUUUUAGUAAUAAUUUUUUGCGUAUAAGUAUUAUUACCAGGGCUGGUGAACAGAACAGAACAGAACACUAUGAAUGGAACAAUAAACAAAAAAAAUUUCAAAUUUUCUAAACAUUACCCGAACAGAACGAUAUAAUCAGAAACGAAAAAAAUGAAUCAAAAUUUACUCGAACAAAACCAGAACAAAAUGCUAUAAAAAAGUUUUCGUUUAUGAACAGAACAGAACAGAACAAAACAAUCGUUUUGUUCACCAGCCCUGAGUAUUACUAAGGACUAUUUUUUUUUUUUUUUUUUGGUGGUGUUUUUCCUUUUAUUUGUGUUUGUCGUUAGAAUAUAAGACGGUUGCAUUGUCGCAACUUUUGUAUGAUCUCUACUUGUCGACGUCGUCGUGACUCGUGUGUGAAAAUACUGUAGUAACGUGGUCGUGACAUAGACAUUGAAAUUCAUCAUCUGCAGAAGGGCGCAGACUCGGUUAUACUAUUGUAAAAUGAAAACUUUCGUCGGAUCGUUUUAAUGCCAUAUUUGUUCAGAUUUUGUUCUGCCUUCGUACAUAUAAUUAAUAUUGCGUUUAAGUCGCGAACUGAAUUAUUUUUUAAGCCCGAGGUAACCGUUGCCAGAGGGAAUUGACUUACGAAAGCAGUUCUAGCGCAGCGCAGCAUCUGAAGCUCGCAAUAGAACCUUUACUAUACAAAUGAUAUUAUAUUUUUGUAAAUUAUUGUCUUUUUUUUGUACAUAAAAUACGACUAGAAUAAUAUUGUAACUCGAGCUUCAGCGACCUCGCUUCGCUCGGGCAAUAAUACAUUUCAUCUUCUUGUUCUUUCAAUAGUUGGUUUCACGUUUUUGUUCUUGUUUUUUGAUAAAUGCUACACUUUUCCAAAUUUUAUUCCGUUCCUUUAGGAUUUUUCCAAAAAAAUGAUGGUUUUUGUUUGGCAAAAAUACUCUUUCCAAAGUGCAAAAAAAAACAUUUUUUUUGUUCAAAACAUGCUAUAAAAUGAUGGAAAAGUUUGAAACGCUAAAAACAACAAGUUAAAGCAUGAAGAUUGAAAAUUUCUGUUUUUAUCACAUUUUUAGAUGAAAUUGUUAAAAUACUAACAAAAACUAAAAAGUGAUUAAAAAAUUUUUAAAAAAUGUACCUAAUGUUUGUAAAAAAAAAAAUUAGUCGAUAUAAAAAAAAACAUGUUGAACAGACAAGAGUUUGUUUCAAGUUUUUUUUACUUUUUCUUGUUUGAAAAUCUAUUUUUUUUUUUUUUUUUUUUUUUGUGAAACAUUGUUUUAAACAUCGCACAUCGCUUCGUUUAAAACAUCCAAACUCUGACCACAAUUUUUCUCAAUUCGAAAAGUUUAUCUACUUCUCUAUUUAAUUUUUCCUCAAAAAAUUGUAGAAAAUAUUAGAUAUUUUAAUUGUAAAAAAUUUAAAAUUGAAAAUGAAACGAUAUAAAUAAAUUCAUAAAUAAUUCGUA